AUGAUUGAGGUAGUCCUAAAUGACCGCCUGGGCAAGAAAAUACGCGUCAAGUGCAACGAAGAUGACACGGUCGGUGAUCUGAAGAAAUUGGUAGCAGCUCAGGUGGGUACAAGACCCGAGAAGAUUCGUAUCCAGAAGUGGUAUACCAUCUACAAGGACCAUAUUACUCUCGAAGACUAUGAGAUACAUGACGUCCAGGUAUUUCAACGCCAGUACAGUGAGUGCGGCACCAGGGCAGGCAGUAAGUCACAGCACCAGGGCAGGCAGGCAGCGUAUGCCGCCAACGCUUUCUUUACUAGUAUUUACGAAACGUUUAGCGCACGAAUAAGCUCACAAGUGGAAACCAACUUGCUCUUAUUCUCUUGGACUGAAGUAAAAGCGCUGUUUAAAAAGCACAAGAAGAAAGAGAAGGAGAGAGGCUGUCGCAACGGCAUGGAGGUGCCGCACACAUUUGUGCGCACCGUUAAGGCGCAGGAUCUGCGCUCCAGCCAGGUGGAUAGUGUGUUGCACGACAUUAAGACUAAAAACUCGCCCACAUGGGUCAUUUUCUCCUUUGCGGACCAGAGAGAGAAAAGAAAUACGCUCAAAGUACUUGCAUCUGGGCACGGCAGCAUCUCCGACCAGUCUAAGUGGCCUACAGAGCUUUUCUCACCAAACUCGCUGUGUUAUGGUCUCACAAGCGUUGAUUGCUAUGAUGAGAACUCGGCGCCUACCAACGUGCUGUCAUUUUGUUGGAAGGGACGGGAUCUACCGAUCUACCUUCGAACAAAGUAUGCAGAGUUUAACUAUGUCAUUCGGAAACGUAUGGGUGCGGUUGCGCAUGUCACGUUGCACAACCCAGAAGAGCUCGUGGAUGGAUCUGUGUUCAUGCAGACCCCGCGACGCCGUCCACGAAGUUCGUCAAGACGAUUUGUUACGAAUGAUAUUGAAUUUACUCCCGAAGUGACAGAUACCGUGCAGGACAUUCGCUCGGAUACUUCCCCGUUCAAUUGGGCUGUAUGUGGCUAUGAUAAUUUGGACAUAGAGAGCUCAACGCAGAAGAUGAUUGUUGUAGAAAGGGGCAUGACCGGGUUGUAUGCUUUAAAGGGAAUUGGUGGAAUUACUUCAGUGCUAGAAGAGGGAAGCACAAUGUACAUUUACUUACGAGUGGACGUUCCAUUGCAUCGCGGAACUGAGAGGAUUGUAUCGAAGUACGUGCUGGUUACAUGGCAAGGCGUGGAAAGUGGUUGGAGCGGUGGAACUUCGGAUGACGAAGUUGAGUUAUGGUUUGGCCCAAGCUCGACUGGAGAGCGAUCGCCCCAGCGCCGCGAUUCUUUUGCAUCAAACUCCAAACUUCAGCGCGCAGUGACUGCUCAUGUCCACGGCAGUGAGAUUUACCGUGUGUUUCCCCAUCACGUUCACUUUUUUGCUAGCACGCAAUCGGAAAUAUCGGAAGAAGCUAUUCGCGAGCGUAUCAGACGGGCAGUGGAUAAUGAUUGCAUGCUGCUUCGAGUCGUUUGUAUUCAAGCGUCGGGCGACACACAAGCGCCUGUGUGUUUAGAAAUUCCGUUCGAUGCUACGGUAGGUGUGCUUCGACAGGAGAUUGCGUCGAACAUUGGAAUUCCAAAGGAUCGCCAGCGCAUCGUUUGGAUUCGGCAAACAGAUGAUCUUGCCAAAGACUCGCAACUAUCGACAGCCCUAAUGCUGGAGGACGAAAACGCAGGGAUCCGAAAAGACAUUGGGCUUGCUCAUGGUGACAAAGUUCACGUUGACGACAAGGGCAACGGCAAGAGUUCUGUUCUUGCGAAACUGUUUGAACAGAUCAAUUCGGGUGCUGCAGCCGUCAGUCUUUCGGCUGAACGACGGCACGAAGUCCAGCGAGGAGUCGAAGCUCGAGAAGCAGAGCUUAGGAAAAUACUGUCCGUGACCCACUAUUUAAUUCGGCGGAAAGCUGGUGAAGAUUUAAAGCCUGUUGUAAGUGUGGCGGGCGUCGUUGACGACGAUGCUGCCCACGCAAAGAAAGAAAUUGAUUUUUCUUCCCCAACAAGCCAGCACAUGGUUGUCGACUGCGCAGAUUCGCCUGCCUCCUUGACAGGAUCAAUUUCGGAGGAACUUGCGAAAGAAGAUGUGUCAAUGUUGCAGGAACAGGCGCGAGUUCUUGAGUCGCAGAACCAAUAUUUGGAGAUUCCAUACGAAAGCAUUCAUAUCCUUAGCGGCAAAGAGAACGAAUUGGGAUGUGGAAAGGCGGCUACUGUUUACCGUGGACUUUGGAUGAAUCGGAAUAGCGCUGCCGAGGUAGCAGUGAAAUCAUUCCGUUAUGCUCGAUUGACCGACAAAAUUCUUGGCGAUUAUCGACAAGAAGUGGCGUUGCUGAGAAAGCUGAAGCAUCCAAAUAUUGUGUUAUUUAUCGGAGCAUGCACGGAUCCUAAGCUGAUGAUUUUGACGGAGUAUUGCUCUCGCAAAAGUCUAUUUGAAGUGAUUCACAGCAAUAACUUUGAGACGAUUCCUUGGAAGUUUAAACUACGAAUGAUGCUGGAUGCAGCACGAGGUAUUCAGUAUCUUCACUCAAACCGCAUCAUCCAUCGCGACAUUAAGUCACACAACUUUUUGGUGGAUGAUGAUUGGCGAGUUAAAGUAGCAGAUUUUGGCAUUAGUAAGGUACUGGAUACCGAUACUGCCUUUACACAGUGCGGUACAACAGGGUGGGUUGCCCCUGAAGUUCUCUUGGACGAAGAUCUGGGGUACACAUUUAAGGCCGACAACUGGAGUUUUGCAAUUGUAAUGUGGGAAAUGAUUGCCGGCGGACUGCAGAACCCGUUCAUUGGAAUGGCUCCGAUUAAGUUUUACAACAAGACAAUUAACGCCGGCACCCGACCUCCAAUCCCCGAGGGCAUGGACAGCGAGUACAUCAAUCUCAUUACUGAAUGCUGGAAGUCGGAUGCGUCCGACCGACCUUCCUUUAACGUGAUUGUGUCUCGACUAGAGCGAAUGCUGCUAGAUUUGGGUGCUAGUAUCGACCUUCCACCGACGUUCCAGGGUGGAUACCACCAAGCAGGGGUGGCGGUGAGCCCAAAAUUGUUGUGA